UUUAACUAAAAAAGGACAUUGUCGUUGAUUUUACCAGAUCUGAAAAAGGGGAGAGAAGUCAUUCUGAAAUUAAAAUGAGGGAGAAAUGAGCAAAGGAAAGCAAGCCACUCUAUUCCAAAGCUGGGGAUCAAAUGCUAAAAAGAAAACGACUCAUGCAUCUUCUUCAUCUUCUUCAAACCAAGUGCCUGAGGUCAUUAAUUUGAGUGAUCUUGAUGAUGAGGAUGAUGAUCUACUUGCUUGUGCAUUAAAUGAAUCUGUUGGAGAAAGCAAUAACAAACUGCAAGAAAAUGGGGCACAUGAACAAAAUGAAGACCCCUGUAACAUCUCAAUGGGAGUGGACAUGUUUCCCUGUACACAGGCCCAGUCACAAAUGGGGCAGACAGGAUUUGAUAAGGUGGCAGGAAAUUUGUGGAUCUAUCCCACAAAUUACCCAGUACGAGAGUAUCAGUACAAUAUUGUGCAACAAGCUCUAUUCAAGAACACCAUGGUCACCCUUCCUACAGGAUUGGGAAAGACUUUUAUUGCAUCUGUUGUCAUGUUCAACUUCUACAGGUGGUACCCACAAGGAAAGAUUGUGUUUAUGGCUCCAACCAAACCCCUGGUUGCACAACAAAUUGAGGCUUGUUACAACAUAAUGGGAAUUCCCCAAGAACACACAGCAGAAAUGACUGGAACUAUGCCCCCAAAGGAAAGACGUCAGGCCUGGGAGGAGAAGCGGGUUUUUUUCCUCACUCCACAAGUUCUUACUAAUGACCUGUCUCGGGGGACCUGCCCUGCCCCUCAGGUGAAAUGUGUGGUUGUAGAUGAAGCCCAUAAGGCCCUAGGAAACCAUGCUUACUGUCAGGUUGUUCGAGAAUUGAUGAACUAUUCAAAUGAAUUUCGUGUGUUGGCAUUGAGUGCAACUCCGGGAUCUGAUAUAAAGGCAGUACAGCAGGUGCUUUCUAACUUGCUCAUCUCACACAUUGAACUGAGGACAGAGGAGUCCCCAGACAUCAAGCAGUACUCUUUUGAGCGACAGGUGGACAAAAUCAUUGUACCAUUUAGCAAAGAACUGACUGAUGUCAAGAAUAGAUAUAUCAAGAUAAUGGAAGUGAUUGUAGGAAAAUUAAAAAAGUAUGGUGUGAUUUACAACCGAGAGGCCACCAGUCUUUCCAAGUUUAUACUGCUGAAGUCAAGAGAAGCCUUUCGUCAGAACCCUCCCCACAGGCUACCUAGAUCACAGUAUGGUAUUGUAGAGGGAGAUUUCGCUUUAGCUAUUUCUCUCUAUCAUGGAUAUGAAUUGGUCCAGUUACAUGGAUUACGAUCCCUGUAUAAUUUCUUGGAUGGAACCAUCAAUGGGGAAAAGGGUCAUGGCCGAACAAGAACAGAGUUGAUGAAAAUUCCUGAUUUUGGUGACCUGAUGAAUAUGCUUUGUGAAAAGUUUGGGAAAAUGAAAGGGCGAAGAGAAAGCAAGUCAUUUGUUUCAGGACAUCCCAAAUUAGCCAAACUGGAAGAGGUUGUUUUAAACCAUUUCAAGUCCAUAGAAGACAGCAGUAACGGACAGAAUGAAGUGACCACAAGAAUCAUGAUUUUCUCCCAGUACAGAGACAGUGUAGAAGAGAUCACUAACAUGCUUCAGCAGCAUGAACCCCAGGUCAAGGCCAUGAGUUUUAUAGGUCAGUCAUCAGCUGGUAAGGCCACGAAAGGCUUCACUCAAAAGGAACAGCUCAAGGUGAUGAAGAAAUUCCGUGAGGGUCGCUACAACACCCUAGUGGCUACCUGUGUGGGGGAGGAGGGUCUGGAUAUUGGGGAGGUGGAUCUAAUAAUUUGUUACGAUGCCAGUAAAAGUCCAAUCAGACUGGUUCAAAGAAUGGGAAGAACAGGGAGGAAACGACAGGGACGAAUCGUCAUGCUGGUCACUCAGGGCAAGGAAGAACAGAUAUACAAUCAAGGAGUCUAUUCCAAGAAGAGCAUUCAUAAGGCUAUCCUAAACAGUGCCAAAACUCUCCAAUUUUACCAGAAUAAUCCACGGAUGAUUCCAGAGGGACUGGAUCCAAAGAGUCACAAAAUGUUUAUAACGGUGAAGCAAGCAUACAAGCCAAACAAGGAGAUCAUACUAGACUCUCAACCACCCUCAAAACCAGCUAAAGCCAAAAAAGCUUCUAAGCCAUCCAGAGAGUCUGACAGCCUUAUGACACCUGAUGAGCUUGUUGAGAUGAAGGAAUUGAUGACCCUAGCAAAGCCUAUUCCCAAGUCUUCCCACUUCCUCUCUUUGGGUGAUGAUACUGAAGAGAAUUUGUCUAUGGAUACACUAUCAUACAACAACUGGAUGCCCUGGCAGAAUACCCUGCAGUCAGAGCACCAGAUUAGUCAUUCCAACAGAACCAAAAAAUUUGUAGACAUUGUCAAGUUUAUUGAACUUCAAGGCUCUGUUGAUGAAAACAGCUAUGAGGAAGAAAUGAGGCUGUAUUUAGACCCAGAGGAUAUUGUUAACCGCACAAAAAAGAAUUCAAACAUGGAGCAGCAUAGCUCUUCAGAGAAAGACUCAUCUGUGACCAAAAAGCAUCUUAAGAAGACCCGUGUGAGACGAAGUGAACAGCUGCCUCAGUUUGAUCCUAUUGAGGAAGAGAGUGAUGAUGAUCUGCCAGUGGUUUUGUUUCAAGGAGACCAGAAUUCAGAAAUGGAGGCUGAUGGUGGGGAUAAUGACCAGAAAAUAUCAGGGAAAACUGUAGGUGAAGAUAAUGACCAGAAAACAUCAAAGCAGAAGAGUGAGACUAACUACUCAUCUGUACUGCUAAAUAAAGAAAUUGAGGAAGCUCAGGUCAAAAAUAGAAUCAGGAGGCAGUCAGAAGUCAAAGGAAGGAAGAAGUCUUCUCUUGGUGGGAGGAAUUCCUUAAGUGCCAGGCCUAGAAGAAAGAGAAGCCUACCUAUAGCUAGUGCAAAUUCUUCUGUUGUGUCCAUAAUAGCAGACAAUGAUGAGAAUGACUUUGAAGGUGUGAACAAUUCAGAAAGAACCAACAAGGAGUUUAACCAGAGUGAGGCUGCUCUAGGUUCCAAGAAACCAUUACAGACAAUUCUGGAAACGUAUAGUAAAGCAAUAAAUAAAUUUACAGAUUCUAAUCCUGUCUUACAGACAGUUCCAGAAGUCAUUACUAUUGAUGAAGAUUCAGAUUUUCAAAAAUCUUGUGUUCAUGACAAUGACCUAGAAUCUCAACGUAAUGAUGUUGAUAUUUCCAUUGAGUCUGCAAAGGGAUGUAACUCUAUGAACGCACCACUGUCACCCAUGUCUACUGACAGUGAGGCUUUCAGCAUUCCUGAGGCACCUCCUGUGGAAGAAUUGGAAGAAAUGAUAAACCUACUCGAGAAAUCACCCAAAUUUCCUGAAGAUUUGCUUCCCAUAGUUCAGGAAUGGGAACAUGAAUAUCUUAAAAAAGUUGUGUGUGUUGAAGAAAAACAGUCUGCAUUUUAUAGUGAUAUUAAUAUUGUUGACAUUCCUUGUGUUCCUAAUGAUGACAGAAGUGAAGCUUCUCAAAAUAAAUUAGUGAUAGAAAAUAACCUUUUGAGGAUAAUGGAUAAGGACAAUUCAGUGAUUACAAGUCCCAUGAAAGAAAGUUCUUUUGAACAGAAACAGGUGAGAGAGAAUAAUUUAUUGAAAAUUAGUGACAAUGAUAAUUUAACAACUGCAGAAAAUAUAGAGAUUAGCAGCAAUCUUACAGCUAAAACUCAGAUUUCUGCAAUGGAUAUAGACUAUGAAGUACAGCCCACUAAAAGUGAUGUUAGAGGUCAUAUUGAAAGUGUUGAUACUAAUGCAGUUUCGGAUAGUGUAGGGAAAAACAAGGGUAUUUCUAAAAAUGAAGAUAUUAAUUUUUCUGAUGAUGAUAGUUUCCUGCAUUCUCCACCUAAUUUUGAUUUGAGUUUUUCUGAAGUCUUGGUAGAACAACCAACAAAUUCAAACAAAGAUCAGAAAUUGGGUAGUGAAGUUGGAAAAGACUCUUUGUUGGAAAGUGAAAAAACUUCUUCUGCAGGCUCAGAUGACAAAAUGUGCAACAAAACAGAUACAGUGUUGAAUACAACUAAAAGAAUUAUAAACCAUGCUGAUUUGAAUUCGUAUUUUGAUGAUUCUUUCAUGGACAGUGAACUACAGGAUGCAGUUCUGGUCCAAGACCAAACAGAGAAUGUACCUCCUAACAAAAACUCCUCAGACCUCGAAAAGGAGCGAAGUCCUUCUCCUAAUCCCUUAAGAAAACUUUCUCCAAAAGAUGAUGGUUUUACUUUCACUCAAGCAAUGGCAGUUGUGCAUGAUAGUGAGGAAAUGUUUCAAACAUCUGACUUAAAUUCAGAGAAAGUCCUUGUGGGAACUUCUGCUGCUAAAGUUAAAGAAACCUCACAUUCUGUUCUACAAGAAGAAAAACAAGAAGUAGGCAUUAGUCCUUUGGAUAACACAUCUGUUAAUGGCAGCCAAGACAGAAUAGCAUCCAGAACAGAAAAUCAUAUAAGUGAAACAGAGUUUACAAAACUGCAAAACAAGCCUGAAAGAACUACAACCUCUUUUAGUAGUUCUGAGGAGGAGGAGGAUCUAAGUGCUUUGGCACAAUUUGACCUGGGAUUUGACCUGGAUGAUGUCAUUCCACCAUCUCCAUGUGUAAGCCAGAGUCUCUCACAAGGUGCUUUUUCCAAAUGUCGAAGUAUCCUAAAGAGUAGAAAGUCAUUAGCUCCGACAUAUCAGAGUCAGGAGUUCAAACCAUCAGCAAAAAACCAAGAAGAUCUGUGUUCACAAGUGAUUGGAGACAAAGAUCUUCCAGUAAAUUUUGACUCAAUCAGUGAGGAAUCUGAAAAAGAGAAGUGUUCUCCAAGACAGAGUAAUCUUUCUUCUGAUAUUCAAGAGGAUUUUGAACAACCCUCUUCCCCUGUCCUGUCUGGCAGAAGAUCAAUAAGUCAAAAUUUCUCCUCUGUAUCUGAAGAGAAGAUGUCUAAGUCACCAUCUUUAAGUCAAGUAAACAGGAAGUUGUCACCAACUCUGGGUCAAGUGAAUAAGAGGUCUGUGUCACCACAUAGAGAUCAACCCAACAGGAAGUCAAUGUCACCAACUCCUCUACAUAAAGUAAACAGGAAGUCUGUAUCACCCAAAACAUCACCUUCCAUGCCUCAGUACAUAGCAACAACAGUGGAAAAUUUUUCAUCUGAUGAGGAAGUUGUACCUGUAAAAAGAAAAAGAAAAGCAGUAAUUUUGGAUUCUCCUGCUACACCACUGACACAAAAACAAGUAGUUGAUGAUUUUGAUACCUCUUUAAAACCUCCUGAAAAUGUACAGCGUGGUUUGAAUCCUGUUACUGAUGAUGAUUUUGUCACUCCUAUUAAAUCUAAUCUUAAAAAACCUAUGAACUUUGACUCUAGUUGUGAGAAGUCUAUCCAGAAAAAAAGUAGACAUGCUGUGUCAUUUGCUCUACCUCCAGAAUUUAGUGAUGAUGAUGAUGAUUUUGAAGUAGACAUAACAGCUUUAAAGAAAUCUGUCCAAAAUAAUCACAGUAGAAAGGGUAAAAAUCAUUUGAAGAAAUCUAGCAAAGAAGCAAAAGGAAGGAAAUCUAAAUCCCCUCUUGCAGCAGAAUUUCUGGAGGUUGAAGCAGAAGUAUCUGAUGAAGAGGAGGGCUAUUCUUGUGAUGAAGAGGAGGGGAGUGAUCUUGAUCACUAUGAAGACAGUUUUAUUGGAGAUGCCACUCAGCUUUCACAGAGAACAUCAGAUAAUAUGCAGGCCAUUUAUCUGAAGUCUGUGAAAAGUCCACCAGUGAGAGGAAGAUUCAAAUUGUCUAGUCGCCAUUACAACAUGGACGUUUAUUCUCAGGCCCCUCCGGAGGAAGAGUCUCAGUAUCUGGAGGACAGUUUUGUGGUGGAUGAGGAGGAAGAAGAAGAGGAUUCUAUAAUGGAUGAUAGCGUGGAUGAAGUGACAAUGUUGAAUGUCUCAGAACUCUCUUGUGUUGGAAGGAGAACAAGGUGGUCCAAACCUGUGAAGAGAACUGUUACUGUCCAGCAGAAGAGUGAAGGUGGUUCUAAACGGCGAAGAAUUAAAGUAUUGGAGGACUCAUCUAGUGAAGGUGAAAAUACCAACAAUUUUUCAUUUGAAAAUGUGGAUAUUUCUCAUGUUAAACGGAAUUCUCGUCAAGCGUUGCUGUCUUCCAGUAGUGAAGAGGAGGUGCCAGCACAGGUUACCAAAACCAACAAAGAAAAUCUGACUCUCCUAAAAGAAUCCAGCUAUCAAGUGUCAAGUCAUCGAAGUGAUAACAGUUUAAGUACAAGUACCUCAAACACAACUUUGAAGACUUCUCCAACUAUUGAAAUGUUAAAUAGCCGUAAAAAUAUUUCAAAGGAAGAACAACAGCGUUUAGAACGUUUGCAAAAACAAAAAGAGAAGCAAGAUGAAUUUAGACGAAAAAUGGCCGAGAAAAAAGCGGCUGAGGCUAGAAAGAAAUGUGAUGGGGAUCAUCCCGAGAGAAGAAGCAUCGUGAGUUCAACGGGGUUAAUUCUGAAUAGUUCUUCGAUUACGACAGUUAAUAAAGAUAAACCUAUCAUUUUGGUGGAUUCUCGAGAAAUUAAUGGAUGUCAAGAAAUCAUAUCAGAACUGAGAUUUCAGCAUAGUAUAACCGUAAAGGCGGCACAGUUAACUAAUUGUGAUUAUAUCGUCAGUAAUCGUAUGGGUGUUGAUAGGCAACAGUGGUCGGAAUUCACCAACGGGUCUCGCAAAGACAAGCUGAUAGAAAGAGUUACUGCUCUUUGUGACUUGUUCGACAAACCAGCUUUGAUAAUCGAGAAGGAUCAUGUGAAGGCGGAUGAAAAAAAUUCUGGCAAGCCCUUGCACUGGACUAAGUACGUUGAGAAGACUCUUGUGCACUUGUUGCGGUCAAAAGUGACGUUAUAUUUUACGGAUCAUCAGAAAGACACGGCGCGCGUGCUUUCAGAAAUCUGUCGUCUGGAGGCCAGAAAAAAUGCGGACAUCGUGGCCCCCACUGACUUGGACGAGACCUCUCAAGCAGAGCUAAGAUUCUAUAUGUCUAUUCCUGGAUUGUCUUAUAUUAGUGCUCUAAAUCUCUGUCAUAAUUAUAAGUCGAUCCGAGGAUUUAUUGUUAGCGAUAUCACUCAAAUCAUGGCCAAUGGCUGCUUGUCCAAAGAGCGAGCCUCUCGAAUAAAGGACUACCUGCAGCGGAAAUUUGAUCCACAAAUGCUGCCAUCGGGCAGGUGACGAGAGUUUAUGUAUUUGUUUUUAUUUAUUGCAAAUCAAAUAAAUCAUCGCUUAUCUCCA